AUGAACUGUAACCAUGCCACUCUCCUUUGUCUUUCUCUCCCACCACCACCACCACUGAGUUCAAAUCGUGCCAUUUUCCCAAAAUGCCAUUCUCCAAUUCCCAUAUCCAAGAAAACUCUUUUCUGCAAACCGAAGCUGAAGAGAAAAACGAUUCUCAGAAUCAAAGCUUCUUCAACGGAUGAUAAUGCUCAAUCACCAAAUUGGUCUAAGUGGAUCCCCACAGGCUCUUUCGCUGCCGAUAAAGUUUUCAGAUUGAUUUCCAGUGCUACCGCUAGUCCAAUUGGACAGUUUGUAUCUUCCCCCACCACCUUUCUUCACUCUAUCGAUCCACGAGUCAAAUUGGUAUGGCUUUUAGUUCUGGUUGUUCUACCGGCAAGGUCACAUAUAAUUAUGCGAUUUGGAUUAGUAGCUUACUUGACUUUGCUUUCAAUUUGGAUUCUACCAAGAAAUGCUUGGAUGGAUCAAUUGGGGCGAGUUUAUUUUCUAUCGGCAUUGUUAUUCAUAACAUUAGGGCUUGGUUCAGAUGGCGUGCCUGCACUUGUUCAGCCGAGAACUCCACCACUUGCGGUGACGGGGAUUCCUAAUCUUCCUGUAUCUUUAACAGGUUACUCAUAUGUAAUCUCAAAGUUAGGUCCAUUAACCUUUACAAGGAAAGGAUUAUCGGUAGGAAGCACAGUUGCAUGUUUGACUUUUACAGUAUUUCAAAGUGCAAGUCUCUGUCUCACAACCACAACACCUGAACAACUAGCAUCUGCUUUGCGAUGGUUUAUGCUUCCACUAAGAUACAUAGGCGUAUCUGUAUCAGAAAUUGUGCUUACCCUUUUACUGUCAUUGAGAUUUAUCAGUCUAGUUUUUGACGAGGUCCGGAACAUUGCUAUGGGAAUUGUAUCUCGUAGGGUUAAUUGGAAACAACUAACUGUUAUGGAGACAAUUGAUAUUUUCUUUAACUAUUUCCGUCGCAUCUUCAAAAAUAUUUUCAGCCAUGCAGAGCAAAUUUCUCAGGCUAUGAUAGCUAGAGGUUUCAAAGGGGAUGUUGAAACUCACAAAAUUUAUUUUUUAUCUGAAUCAUCUUUUGGGAUGGCAGAUAUUGUAAGUUUAUUGUGGUUGUCCGUUGUCAUCGGAGCUGCUCUCCUGUCUGAUUACUACCUUGUCUAA